AUGUCUAAAACAAAAUUGGUAUUACAUGAAAAUUCUCAAGUUCUUGAGAAAUCUAUACUUAAAGGAGAGAUAACAGUUGGUAAUUCUACCGUCAUUCAACCACUUGCAUCUAUACUAGCAACUAAUGGUCCAAUAGUUAUUGGCGAACAUAAUAUUAUUGAGGAAUUUGUUACUAUAGAAAAUUUAAAUGAAAAUGGUGAACCAUUAAUAAUUGGUGAUAAAAAUACUUUUGAGGUACAAUCUACAUUCAGGGGCAAAAGUGUUGGCAAUCAAAAUUUAUUUUCUGUUAGAUCAAGAGUUGAUAAAAAUGUUGUUAUAACAGAUUUUUGUUCAAUUGGUAUUGGAUGUGUUGUUCCUGAGGGAGAGGAACUCCAACCUCAAACAGUUGUUUUUGGUAAAAAUAGUGAUAGAAGAAUUGGUUGUGAAAAAGGUCAGAAUACAGAAGACGAACUGGAUUAUUUAUUGAAAGUGUUUCCUAAAUACCAUAAAAUACUGAAAAAUUAA